UGAUAUUGUGCACAGAACAGUUAAAACGGAGUUUCCUGAUGAACAUGAAUAAGAUCAUUGAAUUUUCUUUCUAGACAGUGGCAAUGUCAAUAUGAUCACACACGCAUACUAGUGUUACCUCGUUAUACGUGUGGGGGCGACGCCGGCGCUGCGCAUAUUUCACAUACUUUUCGUUUUUUCGUCAGCAACUACAUGGAUUCAGCAGGCUUUUGUUCCUCGUGUGUUUUGAAAAUCAACAUGAGAUCAAAGCUUCUCAAGUCCCCAUGUAGCGCGCUCCCGCUUGCAGUUUGAGUUUGACAUUUACCUUGCCGCAGCUUUUAGUUGAAGCAAAUUGAGGGCGCAUCAUCUACACUGUUGUAGAUUCUAUCGGAGAAUAUCAAUCAACAUCAAGCUACUUUAAAAUGAGUGGUGGACCGGUCGCAGUGCUUGAGAAAGCAUGUGGUCUCCCGGGACCACAGCAAGCACGGUCGUAUCGGAGCCGGUCGCGGGAACGGGGCGACGUCCAGGCUGCUCCCUCAGGGACUUCUGCCAAGAGACCUGCCAUAAACGAAAAUGAUGAAGAAAAUGGUGACGGACCAACACCGAAAAUUGCGCGGCUCAUAGUACCUUUGCCUCCCCGGUCGAACCAGACUCCCCACGUUGGCUCGUCGUCGGCCGCCUCAAGUAGUGCGAACAACAACCACAAGCGGCAGGAGGAUCAUUCCUCGGGGGUUGUGCCAACAACUACCGUGCCUCUUCCAGUGUUGGUACACCCGACCAUAUCCAGCUCCUCCAGCUCAUCGGCAACUACUGCUCAAUACGCCAACGACAACAAUGCUGGGCGCCAGGAUAUCAAUUUUACAUCUCAAAACAAAAAUUGGCCUGGAACUACUGCGGGAUCAUAUAAUCAGGGCAAUAACUUUAACAACACCGCCAAUUAUGGGAAUGGCAAUAAUAAGAAGGGAUGGGUAGCGGACUGGCUCGAAUACAGCAAGUUUGGCGACCCCGUGAUAGACAAGUUCAUACCCUUGAAGACCCCUUGCGACCCGCAGUUUGAUAGCUGUAUUCCCCAAGUCGAGCGUUUCUACUGCGCGGAUUUCCUCGAGAUGCAGCGGCAACGAGGGCAUGAGUUGUCGCUCAUCGUAAACCUGGCGUUCACAAAGAAGUAUUUACAACUUUUUGCGCUUUCUACUCUAGUACUUACUCGCGUAGUUUCUGUUGUGGAUUGUUUGGUCUCUUCUUGGACAGCGCCACUGGGCCGUUUUUAGCGGAUAGUCUCUUACCACGGAACAAAAAUAGAAACAAAUACUAGGACGUGCGGUUUGCAUUAAGUAUUCAUCUCUAGUUCCACUACUCUCCACAUCAGGUACUACUAUUGGGACGCGGCCAAGAUGGCGGACCUGGGUUUCGGCGACACCGAGUGGUGGCACUGCCCGAUCGAAGGGCGCAAAGUCCCCCCAAUCCGCGUCGUGAGCCAGGUGCUCGAGAAGUUGCAUCGGUAUGUGACACAAUACCCCGACAAGAAGAUCGCGAUCCACUGCACGCAUGGCGUGAACCGGACGGCGUUCUUCGUGAUCGCGUACCUCCUCCGGUACGGGCACUUCGAGACCAUCGAGGAGGCGCAGCAACAUUUCGAGACGCAGCGAGGCGAAAAGAUGAAGCGCGACUAUCUGCUGGACGGCUUGCAUGAAAUGCGGAGCCAAAUACUACCCAGAAGAGGCAGCAGCAGCGCCGACCACGACCACAAGGGGCGCGGACUAGCAGCUGCCCCCUUGGUGAUGUCUAAUACUAAUACAGGGACGAACGAGCGCGGCAGGUGGCCUGAGAAGCGCGAGCACGAACGCCGCAGGGGUGGUAGCAAUCACGCCGGAAAUCAUAAUCAUUUUCAUGCCCGGAACAAUUUAUACACAGACGAGCGGGACCGAGAGAGAGACCACCGCAGGCACAACUACGGUGGUCGGAAUGAAAUGUCGGGCUCCAAUGUUUACAACAAUCCGAGCCAGCACCACAGAGCUGCUUCGAGCUACGCCGGAAGUAGGUGGCGCGGGGCUUCCAGAAGUAACGGCUACAACAAUGUUGCUGGUGUUGAGCAGCAGAACUAUCAGCAUGGCUCUUCCAACUACAACAGGAACUACAACAAUCAUGGCGCCGAUAAUUCCAGCGCCUCGUCCCUUAUGCGCAUGGAUCGUUAUCGCCGAUAGGUGUGUACUGAGACAACAAUUGCGCACGAAAACUGCGGAGCUGCAUCAUAUGCCUUACUGAUAUCAUAGUAUUCUGAGGUUUAUCUUUAUUUUUAUCAAAACGGUCGUUUGUGUCUGUGUCUGUCACAGUUACUGUUUCCGUUUCGUACGCAUUAGCGCUGCACGCCCGCGCCCCGGCUGAUGCACAUGGAAAUCAUGCGUCAUCAAGAAGACAUUUGGUUUUGGGCAGCAAUGAUCAAGUGCAGUAGACCAACAUCUCGCGGGACGUCAGAAUCAUGAAGUAAAGGACAGAAUGUGAUAAAAGUAUGUGCAUAUGUUGAAGAUUCUGCUUCAACGACUGAGAGCGACGCAUUUAGACCUCCUUUUCCCUGCUAUAGUCAUGCGAGUUUAAUGCAAAAUAAAAUCGCUUUUCUCCCCUUUAUUUAUCCGCUGUGUGACUUUCGUUCGUCAUCGUCAUCGAACUGCUUCGCCACCAGCUCUACUAGGUGACAGUCUUGUAAAAUGCCCUCGCUUUUGCAACAGCAUUCCUUUGCGAGUUUCUCUGACCCACCCCACCCCAGGACUUGCAACAUUGCGCACGCCUUGUUCGUGCAAAAGCGAACCCCACGACACGAAGUUCCAUUAUCGCGAAUCAAGGCAAGAAGAAAAUCCUAGCACGCGGCUCUGCGUAGAAAGCCAUAAGUGGCCGGUUU